AUGAAGUUAAGUUGCAAUGGUUGUCGCAUACUCCGCAAAGGUUGCAGUGAAAAUUGCAUCAUCAGAUCUUGCCUUGAGUGGAUAAACUCUCCCGAGUCCCAAGCCAAUGCCACCCUGUUCCUUGCAAAAUUCUAUGGUCGUACUGGCUUUCUCAGCCUCAUCACUGCAGCCCCUCAACACCUUCGUCCAGUUGUGUUCAGGUCACUGUUAUAUGAGGCAUGUGGGAGACUAGUGAAUCCGACUUAUGGGUCAUUAGGUUUGUUCUGGACUGGGGAAUGGGCCCAGUGUGAAGCCGCAGUUGAAGCUGUGUUGACUGGGUCAAAAAUAAACAAUCUAACGUUUUCUCCUUCGAAAACCUCAGAGACACUUGCUAGCAAUCGUAGUUUCUCAACAUUUGAUAUGCAGAAGGAAACUAAUGUGGAAGCCAUAAAUGCUACUGAGUUCAAGAGAGUCCAUGAAACCAAGUUGGAGUUGGAACUCACUCUUGGCUUUCGUUCUCGUGUGAGGAGAAGUGACAAGUGGUUUAACUUGACGUUAGGUGAUAGGCCUUCUGCUCUGGAUAACUUGCACUUCUGGCACAGGAAUUUGAUGGAUCCAAUGAUAAUUGACAUUAUACUGGUUCAUGAUGUGGCUGGUUCUUCUGUUGAGACAGUCAUAGAGAGAAAAUAUAUUCAGUAA